CUUGGGACUUGGUCGAGGUGAGAACCGCCACAACUAGACCCAACUCGAAAGAAGAUGAGCCUAAGAUUGCACCGUGUUGCUGCUGUUGUUGUCAAUCUCUCAGUUCCCUCAAUCUUUUCAGUCCUGAGCGCCCAUCUUCCAGUGACCUGUUGAAGUACUGUAAAACUGUGUUAGAGGUAUUCUCAGGUCCAAGUUAGCUCACCUCACCCUUAAUUGUUCGCCAUCCAAGAGAGGACCGUGUGUGACAUCAAUCAAUGUGUUGUGAACUCGAAGCUUUGGCAAGCUGAAGCCACCACAAGCAUAAUGAGUUGCAAAAUAUUAGUGCUUUUUGCAAUAUCAUCUUUAACUCUUGAACAUUCAGCUUCCGCCCAGUUACCAUUGGAGGAGUUUGUGGUGACGCUGGCCGGGUUCUCGGUGCAAAGUGGGGUCAAAGUUGGAGAGUUGCAUCGGGAACCCGAAGUAAGCGAACUCGACUCAAACGAGACAUCUACGUUCAAGGCACCCACAUCAUUGUUUCAAUCCUUGACUUCGGGUAAUUUGUCAGAAUUCUCCAUCUGCGUGCGAUUUCGAGCCCAUUACCAACGACCAGAGAUGGUGCUCAUGGCUGCCUACGUGGAGAACAAGACCAACAUUGUGAUCGGUUUGGAGGAAACGAGGAAAGAAAUCUAUUUUAAGUAUUCUGUGAGUGAAUACAGCAAUGAAAUGGUCCGUAUUAGCUUCGAUUGGUUACCAAGACUCAACGAAUGGGAACACAUCUGCUUUAGUAAGAAAAAGGAGCCUGACCAAGAGCUUCGACAAAUCAAGUUCUUCGUCAACGGUAAACCCAAGGGGCAGAAGUCUGGAAUAACAGCUCGAUUGGACGACAUAACUCUGGUUACUCUGGGUCAAACAGAUCCUCCUUCUGCUGUCACUGGGUUUAGCGGUGACAUCGCCCAUUUUGUGAUUGUCGACCGAGGCCUAAACCUGAAAGACAUUAAGGCUCUGUCUGAUUGCGAAACAAACUAUCUCGACCUCCUGAGCCAAGGGGCCCCGUCGCUGUUGUGGCGAGAAGGGACGUGGGAGAGCAUCUUUGAGCCUGACAAUGAGACAUCGGUCGACGUUCAUGCUCGACCUUUGGGACAGUACUUGGAUUGGCGUGAAAUAUGCCGACCUUCGUCAACGGCAAAGACUGUUCACAUGGUACCAAUCUAUCGAAGGAAGUCUAAGGAUUUUCACAAGCAGAUUUGCACCAGCAUUGGAGGCUCUUUACCUGAUUUGGUCAAUUUCGGCAAAGAAAAAUCUGAUCAACGCAACAAUUUCUUGUUCGAUCUAUUCUUGAAUGCCAGAAUUCCUCGAGUUACACGGAUACCUUUAAGAAAAGAUUACGUGGACGAAAACGUCGAAUCAUUCAUGAAGACACCUUUGAAUAUGCAAAACUGUUUCGUAGACGAUGAAUUGGUCAUUUGGUUGGACGAUUCGGAUUCGGCCACUAAAUCACCCUUGGCCAGAGGUUCCAAAGGCGUCCAUGGUGUUCCCAUCAAUCCCAAAACGGGCAAGCCAUUAAACUUCUUACCCCCUGGCCUGAAUAUCGCGUUUGGGCCAAAUCUGGGAGGAGGGGGCGCAGGGGAUAAGAAGGAGGAGUGUGUUCAUCAUAUUCUUAGCAAUGGAACUGCAGUGGAAAAAUGCGGCAACGACCCUCAAGCAUGCAGCAUCUGUCUUCUGCCUCGACGGACCACUCUACGCAUCCGGGGAUUAUGUGAGAAAUCACUGCUGAAUGAUCACAGAUCAGACGGGGAUGGCGAUUACGGAUCAGAGUUCGAUUCCGAUUUCUUUGUGAUUGGACACCGUAUCACGGGCGAGACCAUAUUUCGUGGGAAAUUCGGAAGCCAUAUAAGGAAAGACGUGUCUGACGAAGACACCUCUGAAGAUCGAGGAGGUGAUUGGAUUCUUGAGAGCUUGGUGGGAAGUGAUCGAGAAGAGAGCAGGGCGGUGCUCAAAAAGACUCCUCCUACAAAAUUGCCGGUUGGCAGGAAUAGUUGGGAAAUGGUAUCCGACAUUUGCAAAGGAGAAGAUAACGGCGGAGACGGUUCCAUCCAGUUAUCCCUAACCUCGUGCAAGAAAGAUGAGUUUACUUGCAAUACUGGAAAGUGCAUCCCACUGAAUUAUCGGUGUGAUCUUUACGAGGAUUGUGAGAAUGAGGAAGAUGAAGAGAACUGUGACUUCCUAGAGAUCAAUGACAACUACAAAGGUCAAGUAGCCCCUCGUCACAUUCAAAAAGGAGUUCCUUGGCCGGUCUAUGUGGAGGUAGAAGUGGUGUCAUUUCCAGAGAUCCAGGCAUUAGAACAAAAGAUUAGCGUGGAUUUCCAUCUAUCCUUGCGUUGGUAUGACCCGCGUUUGGAAUACCGGAACUUGAAGCCUGGAAAACAAGAGAACCCCAUCAGCUCCGAAUCAAUUGUGUCAUUAUGGGUUCCACGAUUGGGUCUGCUCAACGGGUUGUCGGAGUUCCAGACCAUUGUGAUCGAAGAUGACGCACCCCUUUACCGGGGUUAUGUUUGGAGGCGAAGUAACUCCAAACCAAACGGAAUCGAUAAUCCUGUUGAAGAUGAAAUAUUUGCCGGGAGCAAGAAUCCUAUUAUUCUUAAGCGAGAGUUCUAUCAAGAUUUCAAAUGUGACUUCGACCUCUCGUGGUACCCGUUUGAUCGACAAAAAUGUUUUAUGAACUUCACCGUUCAAGGUGCAACGACCAGAAAUUUAAUCCUCAGAGCGGAUAAUAAGAACGUGAAUUACUUGGGACUCGAAUACCUCGUGGAGUAUCAAGUAGGAGAAAUGAACCUCGACGUACCAACAGUCGCCAGCGGCAAUUUCUCGACCGCUGUAGUGGAAAUCAUGUUUGUUCGCAGGGUCUUCUACCAUUUGUUGAACAUAUUCUUGCAAUCCCUGUUGCUCAUCAUUACUGGAUACAUGUCGCUUUUCUUCCAUGUCAAUAACUUCUCGGACCGGGUUAUGGUUGCUUUGACAGUCAUGUUGGUGAUGGCCAGCCUCCAAUCAGCCAUUCAGGACUCACUCCCGAGAACAGCUUAUAUCAAAUUCAUUGAUUGGUGGAUCUUAUUCUCCCUGAAUACUCAAAUCUUCAUCAUGGCUUACCACACUUUCUUGGGAUACUAUUGCUACAAGGAGUACCGCGAGUACAAGGAGGAUUUCCGUUUAACACGUGGAAAAGGAGGAAUUACCAACAAUGGCUUUCAGAUGAGUGAUAUGAAGACCAACGGAUCUAAUGUCACCAUUGGAUCGGACUCGAGUCUGGAUGAUGAACUAGUGGCCAGUGAAGAAUAUGAUUAUCCAAAAGCCAAGAAAAACAACAAAUACGUCAUGAUCAUUUUUUGUUCGGUUCUGAUCGGAUUUAAUGUUAUAUAUUGGACCGUAGCUAUGGUCGUUUAUUUGGGAUAGAACAAGUGCAAGAUGAUUGGAUCGAAUACAAAUUCAAGAUACUCAGGAA